AACCCAAGAACCCAAACUCUAUAUAAACUCGUUUUCUCCUGGACAUGUUGUUAUUGUGUGUACAGUCAUUUGUUUCUGCAGUGUUUACAUGAAUAUGAACCCCGUGCUCGUGCACUACGUAGUGAACGUGGCUCGAUUUGGGACACGCCCCCUAGCCUGGUCAUAACUUCCGGUUCCAUGACUCGCUGUUGGAGGAAGUGAACCCGGCGCUCGCGGAUGUAAUACCGUUAUUAGUAAUAUUAUUACUUAUCACAAGGUUUUUUUUUUCUUUCUUUGAGGUAUUUAAAAGAGUCCUGAGCCGUUUCCGGGUUGGGGCGGGGCUUACGCAGGGGGAGGGGUGUUAUUUUUGUUGUUGUUUUGGAGACACAAGCUAGCUGCUAAUCUUUCUCGCUGCAGGUUUCUGGUCUCGCGCUGAGAGAUGCCCGGGGGUGAGCGGGUGCCCUGUGUUCGUGCGCGCGGCGGUUUGAACGGUAUGACGUCAGUUCCCGUGGGCGCGCGCGGCCGUGUCACACGGUGUUGAUCCGAUCUGUUUGUUUUUGUUUGUGUUUAUUGGUUUGGAUAUGGACGAUGAGGGCGGGUGGCCGGCGCUGCUGCUGUGGGCCGGUGUGGCGGUGCUGCUCCCGGUGCUGCUCCCGGUGCUCAUCAGGCUGUGGUGCGGCGCGCGGCGAUCGGAGCGCGCGGUGCGCCUGAAGGACCUGUCGCGCGCGAGCCGCCACCGCUGGCGCUACACGGACCUGUUCGGCAAGCCGACGUACUGCUGCGCGUGCGAGCUGCCCGUGCUCCACGGCGCCUUCUGCGACUGCUGCGGCGCGUGCGCGCACGAGGCGUGCGCGCGAGCCGUCGAGCGCGCGCUCGCCUGCAAGGAGAUCGCCGCGCCGCCGUCUACGCACGAGGAGGACGGGGGCUUCCGCCACCGCUGGGCGCGCGGGAACGUGCCGCUCGCGAGCUACUGCGCCGUGUGUGAGCAACAGUGCGGCACGCAGCCCAAACUCUGCGACUACAGGUGUGUGUGGUGUCAGAAGACGGUUCACGACGACUGCAAAACAGCUCUCGACGAUAACGAGCUCUGCAAUCUGGGCGAGUUCCGCUCCAUCAUCAUUCCUCCCCCGUACCUGUUCCAGCUAAACCUGCUGCGCCGCAGACAUCCAGACGAGUACUGCAAGCUUGCAGCAAGGUAUGGAAGUGGGUGGAGCCCCCUGCUGGUGCUAGCUAACACGCGCAGUGGAAACAACAUGGGCGAGGAGCUGCUUGGGGAGUUUCGAACCCUUCUCAACCCGGUGCAGGUGUUCGACUUGUCUGAGAUCGCUCCUGCUAAAGCCCUGCAGCUCUGCACUCUGCUGCCCCCUGGCUGUGUGCGUGUGUUGGUGUGUGGAGGAGACGGCACUGUGGGCUGGGUGCUGGAUGCCAUUGAUGCCAUGAAACAGAAGGGUCAGGAUCAGUUUAUCCCCCGUGUGACCAUCCUCCCUCUCGGGACGGGGAACGACCUGUCCAACUCUCUGGGCUGGGGUUCGGGUUACGCGGGUGAGAUUCCCAUUGAACAGGUGAUCAGGAACGUCCUGGAGGCUGAAUUGGUCAAGAUGGAUAGGUGGAAAGUUCAAGUCGUCUCCAAAGGAAACUACUUCCGCAAGCCAAAGGUCCUGUCCAUGAAUAAUUAUUUCUCUGUGGGACCAGACGCUCUGAUGGCCCUGAACUUUCAUGCGCACCGCGAAAAGACGCCAUCUUUCUUCUCCAGCCGCAUUAUCAACAAGGCUGUGUAUUUUCUCUACGGAACCAAAGACUGUCUGGUGCAGGAGUGUAAAGACUUGGACAAAAGGAUCGAGUUGGAGCUGGAUGGAGAGCAGGUGCCAUUGCCCAGCCUAGAGGGGAUCAUCGUGUGUAAUAUCGGGUACUGGGGCGGAGGCUGCCGACUCUGGGAAGGAAUGGGGGACGAGCCGUGUCCUCCAACACGGCUGGAUGAUGGACUGCUGGAGGUAGUCGGGGUGUUCGGAUCGUUCCAUUGCGCUCAGAUCCAGGUCAAGCUGGCCAACCCUGUGCGACUGGGCCAGGCACACACUGUGAGGCUGAUCCUAAAGAGCUCGCGCAUGCCGAUGCAGGUGGACGGCGAGCCGUGGGCUCAGGGCCCGUGCACCAUCACUAUCACGCACAAAACUCAGGCACUCAUGCUGUACCACUGUCCUGAGCAGACCGAUGAUGACGACGAUGAAGAGUCCAGCGGCUCAGACGCCGAAGGGCCUUCGGGAAGGAGCGCUCGCGCUCCGGAGAAGAGCUCAGAAGCUCGGUGAGGCUUCGGCUCCAUCCCAAACACAGCUGACGGAGUCUGCUCUGGCUGCUUAAUUAAACGUUAUUGUAAUUUUGCUAAACGACAUUCACAUGGCUGAUUAGCAGUUACAGACCUGCCGACCUUCCCGCGUUUCACACAGCAGCGUUAUAGGUCUAGGUUAUAGGUUAUACGUUAAAGGGUCUAGGUCUAUAUGUCGACAUCGCUUAAAAAUACAAAUAAUUUUUUUUUCCUUUUAAUAUAUGAAUCUAAACUGAUUGACAUCAUUCACAGACCUCCUUAUAGCCCCGCCCACUUCAUUUGCAAUGCGUCCAAUCUCUCAUUUUGAUUGGAUAAUCCUGCAUGAAGGAUGUGCUGACUCAUGCUACGAGUUUUUGCUUAACAUGACUAAUCGUUUAUUUGGAGACGUCGUUAAACGUCUUAUAAAAAAAAUCUGGAAAGAUUUUGACUGAAAAAAAAAAAACGCUAUACUAAUAAUUUGCGCGCUAAUGCUAAUUAUAAAGCGAUUAAAUUAGGCGCCCGCAAUAGAAACUGGAGUGUGUGUGUGUGUGUGUGUGUGUGUGUGUACAUUCAGGGCUCACAUGAGCACUAAAUUAUUAAUGACAUCAUUUAUAUUUUCUAGAAAAAAAAUAAGGUGUGUAUGUGUAAAUUACUAGCGUCUGCUAUUUUUAUCUAAAACACAAAAGCUGGUGGUUUCUUCAAAAUCCUGUACACACACACAAAACACACUUUUCUGUUUCUGUCUUCGACAACUGAUUUGUGAUUUAUUGUUACUGACAAGCUAUUUUUUAGGUUAGCCUGUUUACUAACAUGCUAGUUUAUGAAUAACAUGCUAGUUUUUAGGUUAGCCUGUUAGCUUACAUGCUAGUUUGUUCGUUACAUGUUUUUUUAUUUUUAAGGUUAGCAUGAUUACUUAGAUGCUAGUUUGUGGCUUUUAUGCUAGCUUUUAGGUUGUUCUAUUUACUAACAUUCUAGCUCAAGACACAAACUUGUAAUUAGCUUUCAUGCUAAUUUUUAUGUUAGCCUGUUUACUAACACAUUAGCUGUGGCCUACAUGCUACUGUAACUUUUUAGGUUGGCCUGGUUACUUACAUGCUGGUUUGUCACAUAAAUGCUAUUUUUCAUUCAUAUGCUAGUUUGUGGCUUACAUACUAGUUUUUAGGUUAGCCUGUUUACCAACAUGCUAGUUUUUGGGCUUAUAUGCUAGUUUGAUAGUUUUUAGGUUAGCUUGUCAUCACGUUAUUUUUUUUAGGCGGCAGGUCUGCAUUAACAGCACUGUGUCUGAAACACUGAAUGCGGUUAUGAUGUCACGCCGUGUAAGCGAUGAUCACAUGCACUGAUAUUUGUUCUGUCAUUUUUUAAGCAGCUUUGUGCAAUAAGAGAGAGCUUUACUCUUGUGGCCAAACGGACAGUCAGUUAUUUUAUAUUUAUUAUAUAUUUUAUAUACACAAUCUUUUUUGAGUCACAUGACCCUCAUUCUGUGAUAUAUACAUUUUUUUAUUAUUAUUUUUUUUUGGUCCUAAGAUUUUUUUUUGCUGUUGGUUUCUGUUUACAAUCUGAUGAAUGUAUGUGCAUUUUGAAAAAAUAUAUACCACAAACAUUUUUAUUUAGAUUAAAAUAUAUUUAGAGUUUUUAAAAGAGAUUAUUAUCGACUGAUAGAUUAAUAAUUAAUCUAUCUAUUCAUCUGCCAUAUUUCAGAGAACAUCAUGAAAGAAAAUUUUUUUUCCCAUAAGUAUAUAGUGUGUUAUACUCUUUUUGAUAAAGUUAUUAGCUUUUUGUCAUUGCCAUGGUUACGGUAGUCGUAUCUGACUAUCGGCACAUGUUUACUAUGAAGCUGUGAAGUCAUAGGACCAAAAAAAAUACUCAUGUAUAUUGUGUGUUUUUUUUUUUUGUUUAGCCGUUAUUGUAUUUUACUUUACUUUUUACACCGUGUACCUAUUGCACUGUCAUAACCCUGUGUUUCAGUUUAAACUGUACUUUAGCCUGAACCAGAGGUUUCUGUGAAAGUUGUUUUGCUUUUUGUUUUGUUUUUUUGUAACCACUUGCAAGGAUUUUUUUUUACAUUUAUUUAUCGAUUUCAAAAGUCAAAAGUUUAAUUUCCUGGAGAUAAAUGACUCUGUUAGAUCUGCGCCAUACAUCACACUUUUACUGGACAUGUCCCUCGCCUGGGGGCGUGGCCUGUUCAGGUUAUUUAUUAGAAAGUAUCUACUGGAACAGUAAUAGCUACUAUGUAUUAUACAUCUAUGUUAAAGCUUAUUCGUUAAACACAAAUCAUUAUGAAAAAAUAUAUUUACGUUUUGCGCUUUUUACUAGCUUUGUUUUCAGAAUAGCUGAGUGAAAUAAGCUAACUUUGCUAGCUACAGUACUAGCACCGACCUCACCACACUAGCAGUCUUUCAUGGGUUAUUGGAUUUUUUCACUUAACAUGUUACAGAAUCAUAUGUAAUCUACACAGAGUUAGUUAAGAAAUUUACUAAUUUACACAUUACUCCUAGCUGUUUAUGCAUUUUAGUUUUUAGUUUCUGUUGAUGGCGUACACACCUCUCCAUUACUGUUAGGUGUGUGUGUGUGGAGUGUGUGUGGUGUGUGUGUGCACGCAACUGUAUUGCAAAAGAGCUCCUUAGUCUUAUCCUAUCUUAUAUGUUAGGUUUAAAUAUUUUUCCUAACAGAUGUUGUCAAAGUCAGAUUUAUUAUAUGUAUAUUUUUUCCAGUAUGAUCUUUAAACCACUUACCCUGUGUAAUAUUUAAUCAUCGAUUAUGAAUUAGUGUUAUUGGUUGUGUUUAGGUUUGAUUCCAUUUGCCAAAGUUGUUAUUUAUAAGACUGUUUAUUCCAUUGAAUUGCCGAAGUAGCUGAUAAAACCAAGACGUUUCAGUUCACCAGAUAUAUUUAUUCUACAUAGGAUAAUGAAUUAAUCAAGAGAGAGAUAAGAAUCGUUGGGAAUUCACUCAGAAUUUAUAUCUAGUUAUUAUUUAAUAGCCAGUAUUUUUUUUUAAUUGCUGUACAUUACAUUAAAACUCGAGAUGCCAUAAAGCCACAGAUGCUUUAAGAGAUUUCAUAUCAAGACUUUGCACAGAAAUGUAUUUCUCUCUUAAGUGUUGAGAAAUUCUGAAUGUGAUUGAUUAAUUAAAGAUUAAAUGU